AUGUCUGGCAAAAUGAUUGUAACUUUAGUUAUACUGUAUCUCAUUUCUUCCUCGCACUUAAAAGCGGUUGUAGUAGUUGAUCCCGCUUUACCAAAGCGUCGCUCUGGGCGUCGCGGUCUUGUUCUGGGAAUCUACUCAAGUGAAAAGGAUGAAGGUGCUGCCCAGUUCACUAGUGCGGGAGAUGCUUUCGACAGACUUGUGUCUGGAAAGCUGAGAGAACUUCUGUCCGUAUGUGGGCCACCUUUGAAGAAAGGCAAAACACGCAUAUUCCAUGGUUUGCAUCAGGACUUUCCAAGUGUGGUUGUAGUCGGCUUGGGUAAGAAGAAUGCUGGAGUAAAUGAGCAAGAAAACUGGAAUGAAGGCAAAGAAAAUAUUCGUGCAGCUGUUGCAGUUGGUUGUAGACAGAUCCAAGAUCUGGAGAUCCCUUGUGUUGAAGUAGACCCCUGUGGAGAUGCUCAAGCAGCUGCAGAAGGCGCUGUCCUUGGAUUGCAUGAAUAUAAUGAGCUGAAGCAAAAGAAGAAACCUGUAGUUACUCCUCAGCUUCAUGGAAGUGCUGAAAGUGAAGCCUGGCAAAAAGGUGUUAUCUACGCUGAGGGUCAGAACCUCGCUCGGUACCUUAUGGAGGCUCCAGCUAAUUAUAUAACUCCAAUCAAAUUUGCCGAACAUAUUGAACAGAAGCUUAGAAGUUUCAGCAAUGUGAAGGUCCAUAUAAGACCGGAGUCUUGGAUAGCAACACAACAGAUGGGAGCAUUCCUGAGCGUAGCUAAGGGUUCGGCUGAACCUCCCAUCUUUCUGGAGAUUCACUAUUUAGGUGGUGCCAAUACAAAUGACUCCCCAUUGGUAUUUGUAGGAAAAGGAGUUACAUUUGACAGUGGUGGCAUUUCGCUGAAGCCAUCGUCGGGUAUGGAUGCGAUGAGAGCAGAUAUGGGAGGGGCAGCAACUGUCUGUUCAGCCAUUGUGACAGCAGCAGCUUUAAAUCUACCUCUUAACAUAAUUG